AUGGCGUCCCCAUUAAGCGACGCGCUUCAGCAACCCCUGGUUGCAGUGGAAAAUGGGCAAAGGGUACCGCAGAACCCGCGACUGCGGUUAAAGAAGAUAGUGGGAGACAAGACCAAAAACUGGAAAAAGAAGCCAAGAAUUAGAAUAGGCAACUGGAACAUAGGAAGUCUUACAGGCAAAGGAAGAGAGCAAGUGGAUGUAAUGCAGAGAAGGAAUAUCAAAGUCUUGUGCAUCCAAGAAACUAAAUGGAAAGGAAACAGUGCUAGAAAAAUAGGAGAAGAAUACAAAGUGCAUUAUGCUGGAGAAAGUACAAAGAAAAAUGGACUGGGUAUUAUUUUUCAUCCAGAUGUACAGGAACAGGUUACUGAAGUUAAUGACUGGUUAAUGACUGGGAAUGAAACUAAUCAGAGAUGGAAAAAUGUGGCAUAUUGUAUCUGCAUAUGCACCUCAGCAGGGUUGCAGAGAUGA